AUGGACAUUUCUGCACCCCAUUCUUUUCCAGGGACGUUGGAUCGCUCAGGUAGCAAGCUUUGCAAGAUCUGCUCGUCAAUCCCAGUGUCAUUCUGGUCCGAUAAAUCCAGGAACAUACAACUCAGGCUACAGUCGUUGAAGUCGAUGCGAUUUGAAGCAGAUAGAGGAUGCCAGCUAUGUGAUAUUCUGCAAUUGGGCCCCGGUCGAGAUGCGAAUCGUCAAUCAGAGGAUCUCGAAGUUCUUCAGAUGAGACGACCUCGUCACUAUGACCCGUUUGGAUUAAUGAAGCCCUCCUCUUCGUUAACAAUGAUUGGGGAUACAACACACCAAUGGUACAUGGACGAUGUUGACCGCUAUCCGCUGCAUUUCGGCUUCUCCCUGGUUCCAUAUCCCUGGUCCAAGUUGGAGCCUGUCAAAAUGGGGGAACAUGUGGAAAGCUUUCCCCUCAUAGAGGUCUGGCUGGAAAAUUGUCGAGACAACCAUGCCCAAUGCUCAAGUAAUGUCGGGCACUUUUUACCUACCAGACUUCUCGACCUCCAAGCCUAUUCCGACAGCGCCGAUGUCCGCCUAGUGAAUGCUGGCGAACUCGAUUUUGACGGACCACCGCCAAAAUAUGUGACACUGAGUCACUGCUGGGGACCACCUUCGAAACACUCGAUCACUACGACAAAGGCAAAUUUAAGUGAACGCAUGACGCGAAUUCCCUUCAAUGCGCUUUCGCAGACAUUUCAAGACUCUAUCAAAGUAUCGCGCUCCCUACGGCAGAGAUUUCUGUGGAUCGAUUCUCUUUGUAUCAUUCAAGACGAUGAGGAUGACUGGGCAAGGGAAGCCGCCUUGAUGGCUUUGGUUUACAGCCAUGGUUACUUCACACUCGCGGCUCUCAGCGCAAAGGAUGGCACUGAAGGUUGCAAGAUGGUCGCUGAUAUCCAGAGUUCCUACUCUAACCGCUUUGUUGAUAUUGACUUCUACGACUAUGGGCUUGGUCAAGACAAAACGAGGUAUCAUCAUCAGCGAGUUCGGAUAUUUGAAACUCCUGUCAACAUCAACGAGCACGACGAGUCUAUCAAUGACGGGCCACUUAACGAUCGCGCCUGGACGCUGCAAGAGAGAGAGCUGUCGAGAAGGGUGAUCUCAUUCUCCAAACAAGGGCUGCUUUGGGAGUGCACCGAACUCCGCGCAACUUCACAGCGGCCAUGGAUACAUACACGGCUCGAAAGCAGUUUGUACGCUGAUGCCGCAGAUCAACUGUUCAAGAGCAAAGUAUCCUGGAAUCGCAUCGUGGAGGAUUAUUCUGCACGGUCUCUGACGAAACAAACCGACAAGUUAAUCGCGCUGUCCGGGUUAGCGCGAGUUGCGCAGGAAUUCCAUCCAGGCGCCACAUAUAUUGCCGGAUUGUGGAGUACGUCCCUCCCCAAAGCCCUUCUUUGGAAGGUUGUGCUGCAACCGUCCGAGCCUGAGUUUCCGUCUCAAACUGCGACUGAGUCUGCCUAUAUAGCCCCGACCUGGUCUUGGGCAUCAGUCAGAUCACCGGUCAGCUUCGGUGCGACCAGUACUCCGGGAUUUGCUAGGCAUAAUCUCAAAGUUGAGGAGAUUGUGAAAGUCCUCAAGUAUCAGGACCCAUAUGGUGCGCUUGAACAUGGAGCCCUUGUUCUGAGCGGUGCUCUGCUGGUUGGCGUUGAUGUUAGCGAUCAGAUUCCACGCUCAUAUGCCUUUGCAGAUGAUCGAAGCCUGAUGAGGGAUGGCGUUGCAGUCGGGAACGUCCGCCUCGAUGCACCGAGCAUCUCUCAUUUAGAGGUACUUACCUCUAGAGAAAGUCAGUGUAAACUCUGGUUCCUAUUACUUGAGAAGUAUAGAGAUUUUCUUGGUAUCGUUCUCAGAGAGGGAGUGGACCCCGACGAUGGCUAUACUCGAGUGGGAGCCGGUAGUAUAGACGAGCAGUUUGAGGAUAUAUUCUCUGAUUGCAAGCCAUGCACCAUCACGCUGAUAUGA